AUGUCAAGUAGUGUAAAUUCUGCAAAAGUCAUUAUCUGUUUAAAAAAUAAGCAUAAUGGAAAUGUAACCAAAAAGGGCAAAGUUGAGGCAUUGACUGACAAUACUCUAAAAGUCCAUAGACCUAAACUUGGACCACAAACGUUUGGACCGUUUAACAAAAUUUUUGAUGAUGACGUGAAUCACCAAAGAAUAUUUUAUGAAGCAGUCAAAAUACACGCUGAUGAAGGAUUUAACGGCAUAAAAUCUUUUAUAAUAUCGUAUGGUUUCUCAAGUUCAGGGAAAACUGAUUUAAUGUUUGGUUCUGAUAUAAAAGAACUAGGUGGGAUUUUAAGAGAAACUUUGGAAUAUAUCAGUAAAAAAAAAAACCAAGAUAUCGGUAGUUGUGUUGAUUUUUAUUAUUCUGUUUUUGAAAUAUGUGGUGAUAAAAUUUUUGAUUUAUUGUCUGAUGAAAGGAAAGAAAUUUCAAUCGUUUCAGAUGACGGCAAUAAAUUAGUCGUUAAGGAUUCGGUUGUUUUACCUUUAUUAGACAUUAAAACUUCUUGUAGUUCAAUACGUAAUGCUUUAAAUAGAAAAAGUCUUGCAUCUAAUGUUGAUUUUGAAAUUGUAGCAAGAUCACAUGUAUUAGUUAAGUUAAAAAUUGUUACAAAAAAUAAAUGUGGGGUGAUAAAUUAUGGUGAAUUAGUAUUUUUGGAUCUUUCAUCUACAAAUCUAAUCAUGGAUCUACAAGAUAAAUCAAUCAAUUUGGAAAUUAAGGCUGUUAAGAUGGGAUACGUUUCAUUGAAUACUCUUUUGGAAAAAAUUUUGAAAAAUCCGCUACCAUCACAAUCAUUUAGAGAGUCAAUGUUAACACGUAUAUUAAGACCAGCAUUAUCAGGUGCCUAUACUUCUUCUAUGGUUUUCACUGUUACUAUGGACCAUGUACCUCAGGAUGCUCUUCAAUCAUUGGACAUUGCCGAUAAAUACCGUAGACUAAAGUGUUGUUCGCUGAAAGAAAGUUUAAUUUCACUAGAAGUACGCAGAAAUAUAAAGAAUAUUCGAAUACCUUUGUGUGAUGUAAAAGAAAUUGAAUUAAUUGGACUUGUUCCAACAAAUACUAAAUCAAAAGAAGAUAUUCAAACACUUCACCGAGAAAUUGAGAAGAAUAAAAAACAAUAUGAAAUAUACACAGAUAUGUUAAGUAAAAUUGAAAUUGAUUAUGAAGAGAGUUCUAAGAUUUGCAAUGAAAAAAGUAUUCAACAUGAUUACUACUUAAAGGAGAAAAAAGAUGCUAUAAAUCAACUAACAAAAAUUAACUGUGAUAAUUGUGAAUUAAAAUCAAAGGUUGAUAAAUUGAAAAUUGAGAUAGCAAGUUUGCUUACUAAACUUAGUGUUUUACAAGAGACCUUUGGUAAGUAUUUUGAUAAACUUGAAAAAAUUAAAAAUAAUGGACUUUGUUUGUUGGAUAAGAAUUCAUUCCUUGACAAUGCACAUACGGAAAUGAAUGAUAACUUGUCUUAUAAAGUUAAAGAUUUAGAAGACAAUUACUUACAAACACAGGUUUUAAGUAAGGAAUUAAUUAACAAGCAGGAAGUGUUUAUGAAAGAAUUAGAUGAUCAAUAUCGUCAAGAUAAAAAUAAUUUUCGACAAGUUGAAAUUGCUUUACAGAGUUAUUGUGGUAAAUUAAAUGAAUAUUCAAAGGAAUUUGAAUUAAGUGUUAAAGGUCGACUACCUCCAGAUGUUAGAAAUGAAUUAUAUGAUAAAGUAAGUAAAUUACGUGAUGUGUUAUUAGUAACUAUAGAAGAAGCAAGAAAUAAAUGCGAAAUAAAAGAAAAUGAAUGUUUUACAAAUAUCGAGAAGAUUAUCAAAGAUGAGAAAGAAAAGGUCAUUAAUCUUUUUACGGAUUACAAAGAAUCAUUGCUACAAGAAUUUUCUAACACCCAAGAAGCUAUUUCAGCUUGUAACACAUAUGGUACAAAAGUAGAAUUAAUCGGAAGAGAUAUUGAUGAUGUAAAGAAAAUACUUGAAGAAGUUAAUUCUGUUAAAGUUCCUACCAUAGAUAUGACAUCUUUAAAUCUACCUCCCAAAGAAGAAUGUAUUGUAGAUGAAAAUGCCAUUUCUAAUUCUUCACCUAGAUUGUCUACAUUAGAAAAACCACACAUUGUGAAUGAAGUGUCUUAUAUUACAAAAAAAAUACUUGGUGAAAAUUACCAUAACAGAAUACAAGAUGAAGAAAAUAAAGAAAAUCUUUAA